AUGAACCAAGAUACGAUUAUCACCAUGGUGCCCGAAGGCUCGCACGUUCGCUCGGUCUACCUCGAUCCUUUGAACGGCGUUUGCAGCGCAGAUAUCUCAAACAAGCUGCUCAUUGAUUGCUCGACGAUAGAUACGGCGACUAGUCUGGAAGUCAAGGAACACAUCGAGAAACAUUUCCCAACCGCAUCAUUCUAUGACUCGCCAGUCAGCGGAGGUGUUGUGGGCGCUGUUAAGGGCUCAAUCGCAUUCUUCCUAGGUUGCGCAGAGUCGGAUCCGAAUAUCAAGAAGUUGACACCGCUGAUGGAAAUGAUGGGAAAGGAGGUCAUCCCAUGCGGUGGUCCUUCUUUGGGACUUGCGGCAAAGUUGUCGAACAAUUACCUCUCGGGUGUGAUUGCGAUCGCUUGCUCCGAGGCGUUCGACAUGGGCAUGCGAUCCGGCCUUGACCCGCGCACAUUGGCCAAAGUUUACGCUGCAGGGACCGCACAGAAUGCCAUUUGUGACCGAUUCUGCCCGGUUCCUCAGGUGUACCCUGAGGCGCCGUCUUCAGGCGGUUACAAGCAGGGUUUCAAGGUGCAACUGAUGCGCAAGGAUUUCGGCCUGGCAGUAGACAUGGCGAAGCGGGUGGGAUCUAAGAAUGUGCUGGGGGAGGUUGGCCUGAAGACAUACGACGGGGCCAGCAAAGACAUUAACUGUCGUGAUCUGGAUUCUCGCGUGGUGUACAGAUAUCUCGGUGGCAACGAAGACUGGUUGCCAAAGCAGAAUGGGUCGUAG